GGCGGGGCUUCUCCUGGCCCCAUCCCUCUGCGGGGAGAGCGAGGUGCCUGGGCCACGGAAGGCGCCCGGGCGCAUGCGCAGUGUAGCCGCCGUCGCCGCCAGAGGCGGUGCUGUAAGCGGAGAGAUCGGCGCCGGUGUCCGCCAUGAGCUUCCUCAUCGACUCCAGCAUCAUGGUCACCUCCCAGGUGCUGUUCUUUGGAUUUGGGUGGCUGUUCUUCAUGCGUAAACUCUUCAAGGAUUAUGAGGUGCGACAGUAUGUGGUUCAGGUGAUCUUUUCUGUGACUUUUGCCUUUUCUUGUACGAUGUUUGAACUCAUCAUCUUUGAGAUUUUGGGAGUGCUGAACAGCAGCUCUCGAUAUUUUCACUGGAAACUGAACCUGUGUGUCAUUUUGCUCAUCCUGGUCUUCAUGGUACCUUUCUACAUUGGUUACUUUGUUGUGAGCAAUAUCAGAUUAUUGCACAGGCAGAAACUGCUUUUUGCGUGCGGUCUGUGGUUGACGUUCAUGUAUUUCUUCUGGAAGUUGGGGGAUCCGUUUCCUAUCCUGAGCCCAAAACAUGGAAUCCUGUCUAUAGAACAGCUCAUCAGCCGUGUGGGUGUGAUUGGGGUGACACUCAUGGCUUUGCUCUCAGGAUUUGGGGCCGUCAACUGUCCAUACACGUACAUGUCCUACUUUCUUAGGAAUGUUACAGAUGCAGAUAUUCUGGCUUUGGAGCGACGACUCCUUCAGACUAUGGACAUGAUUGUUAGCAAGAAAAAAAGGAUAGCAGUGGCUCAUCGGACAAUGUUCCAGAGAGGAGAAGUGCAUAACAAAUCCACUGGCUUCUGGGGAAUGAUAAAAAGUGUUACAACAUCUGUUCAGGGCAGUGAAAAUCUAUCUGUCCCUAUCCAACAAGAAGUGGAUGCCCUAGAGGAACUGAGUCGUCAGCUUUUCUGGAAACUGCUGACUUGCAAUGCAACAAAGGAGAGGAUAGAGUACUCAAAAACUUUUCAGGGCAAAUACUUUAAUUUUCUGGGUUUUUUCUCCAUCUAUUGUGUCUGGAAAAUCUUCAUGGCAACCAUCAAUAUUGUAUUUGACCGUGUGGGGAAGACUGAUCCAGUCACAAGAGGAAUUGAGAUCACUGUAAAUUAUCUAGGAAUUCAGUUUGAUGUGAAAUUCUGGUCCCAGCACAUAUCCUUUACUGUUGGAAUAAUCAUUGUUACAUCUAUCAGAGGAUUGUUAAUCACACUUACAAAGUUCUUCUAUGCCAUUUCCAGCAGCAAGUCUUCCAAUGUUAUUGUUCUGCUCUUAGCACAGAUAAUGGGUAUGUACUUUGUGUCAUCAAGUUGCUCCCUGAUCCGGAUGAGCAUGCCUCCCAGAGUUCGCACUAUUAUUACCGAAGUCCUGGGAGAGCUCCAGUUCAACUUCUAUCAUCGUUGGUUUGAUGUGAUAUUCCUAGUCAGUGCCCUCUCCAGUAUCCUCUUUCUCUAUUUAGCACACAAACAAGCUCCAGAAAAGCAUAUGGCCCUGUAAGUAAGGACUGCAGUCACACUCUGCUCUCUGUCUUUUCAAACUGCUGCUCUUGUGGACUGCAAAUCUUGAAGAGAGCCAGGACUAUCUUAUGUGUUCCAUCAGUGUACUGGCUCUUUGGACUCCCACACGUGUCACCAAUCAAGCUCUGUGGCUCAUUUUGUGAAGAUGCCUCAGGCUGGAGGAAAGAGAAUGUGCAUAUUGAAUGUGAGAGUUCAUUGCCAAGGAAUAAGGACAUUCCUUGAUACACCAGUAUCUAGAGGCAUCAGAAUUUUCAUAGUGGACUGUCUGAAGUAAGACCUUGUACUGUUAGAACAUCCUCAGAGGAAACAGCAAGAAACUGCUGAAAAUCAACUCAUAAUUGGGAUUCAGAGGACAGUAAUUUUGGAGUUGAAUGUUUGAGUCUGUUGAAUUAAAUAAGCUGUUGUAAUAUCUCAUGCAAGCAUCACAGUUGUUUUUUGUAAGUUCCAAAGAUCUGGCUGGAUGUGAGCUAGACAAUUGCUAGGAUUUUCUCCCUGGCAGAAGUGAAAUGGUGAGAAUUUCACUCCAUGUCUGUGUGGAGUGUUUGCUAGCGUGUAUCAUGAGUGGACCUAGUCCUUAGGAGCUGGAGAUGAGCUUUCUAAUGCGUAGUCUCAACUCCAUUUUCUUUUUUUGCAUAAAUGGAACUAAGGUUCUGGAUUCCUCUUUGUUAGAACUUAAUGUGAAGUCAGAGACCACAGUUAUGUGUUGUUUACAUUAUGUAGUACAAAUCUGUUUACCUUAUAUGCUGUGAAUUUGGUGUUCCCCACAACCUAUGUAUUUUUCUACAGAAGCCCAUUUCCCCUUCUAGAUUUAAUUCAAGGCAUAAAAGUAUACUUUAUUCAUGUGACUUAAACUUGUAGCUUCUCAUAGCCACUGCUAGGCUUUGUUUUAAAUUGUUCUGGAAUGUAAAUCAUAGGUGGCAGACUGGA